AUGUUGCAUUUUAACGACACUAAUCAUUCGUACGCGACGCGCUCCGAUGCCAAGAGCUCGUCUCCGGCGACGCGGAGAUCAAUUGAUGGCGUUGGAUACGUCGUCUCGUUUCCGAGACGUAAUUGUUGCUCGGUCCAAUUAUUCCGGUGUUUGAACUGUCGGCACCAGAGGGCGCGGUAUCAAAGGAACGCUCGUCUGACGCUGUGCAGAUCAUCGGAGGAGUCGAGUCAGUCGCGAGCCCUCCGCACCACGCCUGGUUACCUGAGCGAGUACAUCGAUGGCUCCGUGCCGUACAUGUGGUCAGAUGUCGAACGUAACGAGCAAUGUAGACAGCGCUCUAUAUCGGUGUCAGGCAGCGGGCGAGCGUUUGAAGCGCUAAUAAAUCAAAGAUCGGUGCUCGGUGGCGUGCUUGUG